GCUGCAGAGCCGACAAAGUGUUUUGCUUUUCUGUGCACGCAAUCCAUGAACAGCGAAAGGGAAGGAUUAAUUUUAGCCCCCAGUUCUUUUGUUAAAAUAAUAACACGAAGAGACACAUGUUCUGGGUUUAAAAUAAACCAUUCACUGACUUUUUAAAAAAUAAUUAUUUUCGUGCCGUGCUGGAAACCCAAACACAACAGCACCCAGCGCUGGAGGAGACCAACUCGCAGCAGGACUAGUCCCAGAGCGAAGCUGAGCUGACAGGCGGGGACAGGAUCACGCAGGAAGCAAGGUCCACGUGCCCGCAGGGAUCUCUGGCGAUGAUACCCUCUCUGGGUGCUUUGCCCUUGAAUCCUUCACCGGGGCCAGCAGCAUGUCAACAAUGCGUACAAGGUCUGAGGCCCGCGCGCGCACGCUGAACAACCAAUCAAGGCUUGUCGGGCCGCCCAGGAGACGACGUCACGGCAUUGCCUCUUGACAGGCGGCCUUAAAUCACGGGCGGGGGCAGGGGCGGGGGCAACUCGUCACACAGACCAGAGCCCGGCGGCUGCCGGUUAGGCCACGGCGCUCUGUCCUACGAAUGAGGUGCAGGUUAGGUCCCGCCUCUCGCAGGAGCGGCGGUGAUUGGUCAGUACUGUGCCUGCGCGGCUCGGGAUUGGCUGUGCGGAGCGGGCGGAGCUCCAAUGGAGACUGAGCCGCUCGAACCGAAGAGCCGGUGACUGGCGAGUGAGCGCGGAGGCCCUGGCUGGGGAUCCGAGGGACUAUGGAACCUCAGCAGCCCUGUAAGUUUAGAAGGUUUAAAUACCAGUUUGUGAAGACUUUUUGCCACUCCAGAUGAUCUGCUGGAUUAAACGUGUAAUUAGGAUGGUUUUUGCACAAGUUGGACUAAACAUGGAAUCAAAUAUUGUUGAAUCGAACCAAUGCAAAGUCCCCAUGGAAGAACACAAAAGGAAGAAACCUGAUUAAACUGCAGCAGAAGACAGUUCAAAUGAACAGAUGUGCUGAAAUGCUGUGCACACCUUCAUGUUCACUAGGUGCUCUGGUCAGGCAAGUCUUAUGGUUCAUCUCGAAGUAUUGUAAGGAAAAUUGGUACUAACCUCUCUCUUAUCCAGUGUCCAAGAGUUCAGUUUCAGCUUUAGCUAUAGUAUGAAAGGACCAUGCACUGAACCUGCUGUUACCUCUCACUCUACAGAAGGAAACCAUUCUAAGCAGCUCAGAGAAGACUCAGUAGCCUCUUUUGCGGAUGUGAGAUGGGUUGCUCAAGAAGAAGGUGAAGUCUCUACAAGGCUCAGAUCAGAAGUCUGGUCAAAAUCGGCUCCACCUCGUCCACAUGAACCAUAUUGCUCUGGAAGACCACCAAGUAGACAAGUGUCCUUACCAAACCCAUUACAAGAAGAGCCAGCCCCCAAGGUUGUGGUGACCAAGAAUGAUGAAGCUCUGCAAAAAAUCAGUGCUUUAGAAAAUGAACUUGCCAGUUUAAGGGCACAAAUAGCCAAAAUUGUAAUCUUGCAAGAACAGCAAAAUCUGCCAGCAGCUGGAUUAAGUCCUACUGCAUCAGCUCCUGCACCAGCGCCGCCGCCACCUCCGCCACCUCCUCUACCGCCUCUUCCAGCUUCUGGGGUACAUCGGAGUAUGUCUGCUAUUGAUCUCAUUAAAGAGCGGAAAGGCAAGAAAAUAAACGCCAGACAGACUUUGAUAGAUAAUGGUCCAAAGAAGCCUGAAAUACCAAACAUGCUAGAGAUCCUCAAAGACAUGAACAGUGUCAAACUGCGCGCAGUGAAAAGACCAGCAGAAGGCACAAAAUGCAAAUCACCUGACCCAACUGAUCCUGUAGCACUAAUAGCUGAAGCUCUCAAAAAGAAAUUUGCUUAUCGAUACAGAAGUGAUAACCAAAGUGAAACUGAAAAACAGAUUCCAGAGUCUGAAACAAAGGCAACGUCUGAAAUGAUGCUGUUUGGACCACACUUGCUGAAGCCUACAGGAAAAAUGAAGACUUUAAUUGAAAAAUCUUAACUACUCUUAUAUCAUUACAAAAGAUUAUCCAGCUACUUUUAUUAGAAAUCAAUGUUAUGUAGUAAGUGUCUCUUGGUAUUUAGUGUCCUCCUACAAAACAAAACAAAAAAAAAUACUGGCCUAAAAUUAUUAAAAACAUAGUGCCUUUUUUUACAUUUUGAAUUCUAGAGGUACUUGUCCUUAUGUGACUUUUAACAAGGAGGUUGAGUUGAGACAGUACAAGUUUUUAAACCUAUAAACUUUAAAAUCUAGCUUUCAAUACCUAAAAUACUAAGAAAGACUUUUCGGUGGUGGUUUUAUUUUAACACUAAUUUAUCUGUACAGAUGGUUUUGUAUGCAUGACUGACAGUCUUCAGACAGUUUGUGUAACUGAUAAUAAUAGGAAUGAAGUACUGUCAAGUUACUGUCAGUCAUUUUACUCUCAUGUAAUACCUGAUGUAACAAGUUUCUUGCACUGCAGCAUUUAGUUUGAGACUAGCAACUUCUGUUCCAAAUGAGAUCUCAUUAGUUUAACACAGCUUUGGCUGGUUUUAGCCUGAAAAGCUUAAACAGCUCAUGCAAGGGUAUGUUUAGUUAAUAAUGAUGGAGAAAAAGAUAAUCUCUAAGCUUCAUUGAUUUUACUUGUUACAAAGCUGAGUGGUAUGGAAUAGAGCAUUUCAGAAAUAGCAAGAUUUCUCAAAGGAGACUGCCCUUCUCUCAAUGCAGAAUGUUCCGUUUCCCCUCUCUUUGCCCCCCAAUAUAUAUAUAGCGCCUUAAAAGUGAACUUGAUCAUCUUGAGCAACUGGCCACAGCUAGCUUCAGUUCUCUGUCAAAAGGUAGAGCAGUGUGUGUGAAAUAGGGUAGAACAGCAGCGUAGAUUAAAAUACUUCAGACAGAAUGUCAGGGUAUGUGUCUGAGUGAGCAAAUGUGGAAGUCUGGGAAGUUACAGUAGUAGAGAUGAGAAGAAAUGGAGUGCUUAUAAAUGAACUAUAGGGUGUUUGUCAGUAAAAUCUUACUGCUUUCGGAGGCCAUGAUCUCAGUUGCAGCUGGGGAGUGCUUGACACACGAGAGAUAUCUUUACCCUCUACACAGGUAAUGGGGAGGUCUUGUGCUGGGUUAGCCCCCAGCAUAAAGCAGAAGAGACUGAAUGGUACCCUUAUUUGUGCUAACUGCCCAUGGCCCCAAGGUAAUAUUUCAGCAGCCAGGGAUAUCCUGACUACAAUCCCUGCACUAGCUCCAGGGAAGCACUGGUGUAGGAGAUCCUAGACAGGCUGGGUCACCUGAGGAGCACCUGGGGAAAUCCUCUAGGCACCUUUUCAUAUUGCAAGGUGGAUCAUCAGGGGGAAACAAUGAGUCUUUUUGUACACAAAUGCAAUCUAGUUUUCCCAAGUGUUGGAAAAAUUGGGUAGAAAACAUUCUGGCAUUCACAGGACUAACAAGCAGGAACACAACAGAACUAGCUUGGCUAUAUAUCAAGUAAACUGACAAGAAGUUUCUUUUGAAUGUGGAUAAAUACAAGUAGAGAAAGUGGGUCAGCAAUCUCAUGCUGAAGGAACAGUUGGCUGCUGGAGUUGUGAUGCAAGUGCUUGUUCUGGAACCUUUUUUUUUUUCCUUCUUCAACUACUGGAAAAGUGCAGCAUUUUCCAUCCACCCUAAGUUAUUGAAGAUGAUGUGUAAAACAUGCUAGUCAGUAUCAACAAAUUGAGAUUUAAAUAGUAUGAUCAAGGGCUUUUAUUUCUGAUGUAAUACUUGAAAGUGCUGUAUUUACAAAGCUGUUAAAAGUUAAAAAAAAUGGAUAAAUGUUUUAACUAAAAAUUCCUUUCUCUUUGCUCUUCUAAAUACUUUGAACAGUAUUUUUUCCAAACUCACUUUACUUGGUCUCCAAAGAGUUAUUUGUAUUUAGUGGUAUACUGAGAUGUACAAAAUAGAAAAAACAAAAUGCUGACUUGA